AUGGAGGACGAAAUUCUGGCCCAGCGGAGCCGACUUUCUUGGGCUUGCGAGAAAACCGCAGCGGUUCUCAUCAUCCUCCUGGGCCCAUUCGUCGGGCUGAUCGGUGGAGCCUGCUUGCCGCUAAUCUGGAUAUACUUCCGCGUCAAACUGGUCGUCCAGUAUCUACGGUCAAGGAGCCCCAUACAAGAGAAGGACUCCAUACUCAAAAUGGUCUAG